UCUUGUCUACCUAGUAUUUACCUAACUUUUCUUGACGUCAAAAAUCCGCGCUGAAACCUCAAAAAACAUAAUACAAGUGGUAAACGUGCACGAGCAGUUAGUAUCAGGCGCGUCCUCGCCUCUUCUUGUCUAUUUGAGCUAUAAAAUAACAUUUAAUCACUGCAAUAAAUUAACGUCCAAAACGAGAAAUACACACGUUUCCUGUUCUUUGUUGUGGUUAGUUUACUUCAUAAGCCGUGUAUCAAGCUGUAAGCGCCUCACGAAUAAAAUCCUAAUACUCAGAGGCGGAAUGAUAAAUAAAUAAAUAAAUGAAUAUAUUCCCCAUUCACCGUCCACUUCCUGGUGUUCAUCGGAAAAGAGCUGCUAGCGGAUAGCGAUGUUCACGGUCGGAUCUGACACCGGGCAUCAUAUAGUUUGCGCGCUCACGCGGAUUUGACGGACGUCUGUCUUUAUGUUUUUUACUGAGAGGUGUAACCGAGAUGAUGUUUUCACAAUGACAGCACGAUGCGCUCAGUGUCAGACCAGAUUUGAAGAUCACUGAUGGCGUCAAAAUCUAGGGUCUCCAUUCUGGAUUACUUCAAUAUCGUCUGUGAGGGAGAAAAUGGAAAAAUUGAAUCAAACUGCAAAGCUUGUGGCACAAGGAUUCAGGCUAAACGGACAGUUACUUCUAACUUUGUUACACAUUUAAAGCGCAAACAUCAGGCCAUGUAUGAUGAGUUUGUGAGGAAGAAAGAUGUGAAAAGGGAGGCAAUGCAGAUGUGUACUGGCCCUCCAACUGGUCGAGUGAUCUCUCAAAGUGGUGCUGGAAUGAACAAGUUUGACUACAGUGACCCUCGCCAAUCCCUAAUUUCAGAAGCCAUCGCCAAGAUGAUCAUCCGAGACCUGCAGCCGGCACAGAUGGUGGAAUAUGAGGGUUUUCGGGAGCUUCUUCAGCUCCUGGAGCCCCGUUACAUUCCGGUACCAUGCCAUUAUAUACAACAGCAGCUCCUGCCAGCCUAUGUCUCCCAAGUCCAACUAGCUGCCAAACAGGCUUUAAAAGGAGCUGAGUCCUGCAGUGUGACCCUUGACCUGUGGAGAAGCAGCUCUGUGGGUAAUAACAGUGGUGCUGGGUUUCUUGGAGUCACUUGCCAUUUCAUUAACGCAGACUGGCACAUCAGAUCCGCUCUUUUGGCAUGCUUACCUCUUCCAGACCACAGCAACACUCAGCAAAUGCUCAGCGAGUUUGAUGAGAUCUCCGAGUCCCAUGGCAUCUCUGGCAAAGUGUUCAGAGUCAUUGCAGACUUGUCGCCCUGUGAAAAUAGAUCAGCUUUUCGUCUUCCUGGGUUCAAUCUCAUUGGAAAUGGUGAAGAAGAUGAGGAAGAUGGCAGUGAUGAAGAGUCCAGUGCAGGGGAAGCCAUUAGUAGCAACGAGAACAACAAGUCUUUAGAUCAGUGUCUUGGUCGAAGUAGGAUAGACUGCUUUGCUCGAUUACUAGCUCAGUGUGUUAAGGAAGGAGUUUGCGCUUCCCCUCAAAUAUCAGUUCCUCUAAACAAAGGAGCCCACCUGUAUAACUACAUAGUUGCUACAGUGGCUCCUGAAAAACUUGUCCAAGUGUUCGGCUCCAGCACCUCAACAAAUUGGCAAAGACCCUCAUCCAUAGACAAGUGGAACGCUCAGUUAAAAAUAUUACGGCAAAUGGUAGAGUCAAUGGAUUUUCUUGAAGACAUUGUGGAUAGAACUGACCUAGUCCUCGGUAACUUAGAAAAAGCAGAGCUACGGGAGCUGGUUGAGGUGUUGGAGCCUUUUGAGGAGGCCUCAGACAUGGUCCAAGGAGACAAGCAUGUGUCCAUCAGCCUAGCCCUGCCCUGUGUGCUAGGUCUGCGCAAGCACCUGGCUGAGGUCGUAACUCACCAGUGCUCUGGGAUAGUGAUGGGAUUGUCUCAAGCUCUGGACCGCAGACUGGCAGGCAUUCUUGAGGACCCUCUUUAUGUAACAGCCACCACCCUGGACCCACAGUUCAAGCUGUCCUGGAGCAGUGACAGCGACUGGCACAAACAGGUGCUGCUGGAAGAGGUUGGAAAGCAUGCUCGGCCUUUGAGUCCAAUAGAAAAUCACUCAGAGGCCCAGCCAUCACCGUCCAAACGCUGCAAGCUGUUCUCUUUCAUUAAGCAGAGGCCGACCGCCCAGGCCAAGACUGUGGAGCAGGAACUGUCCACAUAUCUCCACGAAGAACCCACAGAUGAGGAUCCACUACAAUACUGGAAACGCAAGUCCAUCGAUUUCCCCCUACUCUCACAAGUAGCCAAAAAAGUGUUUCCUGUGCCAGCAACAACCACAUCAGUGGACCAGAUAUUUAACCUGGUUAGCAAGACACUCAGACCAGAGCAAUGCCGACUUCUGCCAAAAAACCUGGACACUCUGAUUUACUUGAAGGCAAACUAUAGGAUACUUUGGUCCUAACUGCAAAGAGAGCUCUUUUCUAUGGAUUUUCUUUGUAUGGAUAUCACACCAAACACCUCAAAUGCAAAAUGGGGAUUGUGCCUGAUAUAUAUCUAUCUAUAAAAAACUUUACAUUUACCCCAAAGUUCUGUCAACUCACUUUCACCACCCAAAAAUGCAACAAGAUCAUACAAGUGCAGUGCACACCGUACUUACCCUUGAUUAAUUGUAAAGUAUUUACAUAAUAAUUCUCCUUCACUAUCAGCAUGACAUAGAACCCCAGAAAACACACUAUUCUUGUAGCCAAAUGCUUUCUCAGAACACAUUUAAGAAAAAGAAAUGUACAUUUCCAGCAAAAUUAAACAUUGUUAAUAAACAUUUAGUGUAUAAUAGUUGGCUUUAUAUUAAUCUAAGAAAAGAACUGGUCAAAUAGAGUUACUGUGUGGCUGACAGGCUUUUUUGUGUGGGUUCUUUGUGUACAAAACCCACAGGGUAGAAAGCUGCAGGCAGGUUCUGUAAUUGAAAAUAAUUACAUAUCAGGCCUAUGGGGAAUCGGAGAACGCUGAUGGUGGACUGCAGUCUCUCGCUUGCAGGGCUGAACCGACAGCAAUCAAGCCUGUGGGAUAUUAAGAAGAGUUGUUGUGCAUUAAGGACCUUUUGUUGUAAAAAAGACAUUUCCAUUUCAGUAAAAGUGUUUGUUAUCAAACCUGA